AUAGGGAAAGCCAUUGAGUGCGCUACGGGAAAAAAGACAAACACUAACGCUAACUUAAACAACAGUUUUACGCGGAGCCAUAACUGACAGAUUAUAUUCUUUGUCGAUGCUCAAGAGUUUGUCUUACUCGUAACAGUUUUCCGGCAAACUAGAAGCACGCCUGAUCUUUUUCAAAGUGAACUUGCAUGCAUUUACCUCGUUAAGUUAAUAUAUAGUACAAAAAAAUUGACCGGGCAUCACUGUUGGUUCGAGCUUGGUGCUGAUAUAAAGACUGCGAACGGAUGUGAGGAAGGAGUGCUUGGAAGAGACUCAACCCCCUUUUUCUUUCAAUUCCUCUGUUUCUUUUUGUUUGGUUUAACAAUAGAGCGGGAGAGAGAGACAGAGCGAGAGCGAGAGAGAGAGUGAGAGAGCGAGCGAGAGAGAGAGAGAGAGAGAGAGAGGACUCACAGACGCUGAACCUGUUUUCAUGCCGUCAGUCUUGCGGACUCUGAGAUGGACGUGAGAUUUUAUCCUACACCUCCUUCAAGCGUUGGCUCAUGUACAUUACCUACUGACUCCAGUCUCGGCUCUUUGGACUAUUACCACUGCAACAAGAGCAGAUACGGUGCGGGAGAUCGCGGCGUUCGGCUCUACGGCGGCUUGCCCGUGAGGCCCAACCCUGACGGGAAAAGGCUGCCCUCUGCAGGGUUUGAUGGUGACAACAUGUACAUGAAUGAAAACAACCAAGAGUUUCUUUCUCCCAGUCAGGGACAGCACCAUGGAAAUCACACAUCGCACAGCGCCCUUCCCUAUCGCCUAUACUUAUCUACCUACCCACAUCUCUACCAACCUACAUCUAACUACUCCGCUCAGGGAGGUGCCGCUGGAAACGGAGGCAGCGGUGCAGGCGACGAGGACUACGAGAUCCCACCCAUCACCCCGCCCAACCACCCCGAGCCCCCCCUGCUGCACCUGAUGGACCCCGAGUCAGGAUACCUGUGCCACUCCCUGCCCCACAAUGGCCUGCUCAACCCCUACUCCUACCCCGAGCUGCCCGCCCUCAUGAUGUCCAACAUGCUGGCCCAGGACAGCCACCUCCUCUCCAGCCAAAUGCCCUCUAUCCAGGAGCUGUCUCGUCAGGACCACCCCCAUUACCCCACACACCGCCCUCCCCCCAUGCUAAGCAGGUCUCCUAGGAUACUGCCCCACCCAAUGAGCGCCCUCUCCCAACUCAGCUCUCAGAUUGGCCGAGGUGGCCUCCCCCAUGGUUCCCCCUCACCACCAGGAAGUAAAUCAGCCACGCCCUCUCCCUCAAGCUCCGCCCAGGAAGAGGAAACAGAUUACCACUCUAAGAUCACAGGAGAGAAGAGGCCCUCCUCCGAGAUGAACAAGCCCAAGCCCAAGCCGCAGAAGAAGAAGAAGAAGAAGGACCCCAACGAGCCGCAGAAGCCCGUGUCGGCCUAUGCCCUCUUCUUCAGGGACACCCAGGCCGCCAUCAAGGGCCAGAACCCCAACGCCACCUUCGGAGACGUCUCCAAGAUCGUGGCCUCCAUGUGGGACAGUCUAGGCGAGGAACAGAAGCAGGCAUACAAGAGAAAAACGGAGGCUGCUAAGAAGGAGUACCUGAAAGCCCUGGCAGCAUACAGAGCCAGUCUGGUUUCCAAGAACUACAAUGACCCAGUGGAGCAGAAGAGCUCCCAGUCGAGCCAGCCUUCCCACAUGAUGCCACCCAACCCGCCACUGUACAGCGUGCCGCCCCAGCCCUCCUCCCCGUACCUGGGCCCCAGCCCCUUCCCUCUGCCAGACUCCCUGCAGGGCUACGCCGGGGCUCAGCGCCACGGGCUCUCGCGGCCCCUGGGCCAGCCCUCCAUGCUCCCCAGUCUCAGUGCCUCUCCCCCUUCCUCCUUCCAGAUCAGCCCUCCCCUACACCAACAGCUCUCCCUGCACCAGGGCUCCCUUCUCAACCAGCCAAUCCGCAUGCAGCAGGUCCAGUCACAGCCAAUCAUCUCACACCAGAUGGGGCUGCAGCCCUCCCUCCACUCCCCGCCUCCUGGGCAGCAGGGAUUCUCUCACCUACAGUCAGAGUAUCAGAAGAGUGUUGGGGGCUCCCAGUCCCCUGGGGCCCCUAACCCAGUGGGGCAGAACCCAGACUGGGACAGUGAAUACUGCAAUCGGGAAUGCGGAGGAAACCACUGCAGUGGCAGCAUGAUAGCCAGGGACAAGCCACUCUACCUCACUUGAAGCGGGCCAGAGGGAAUGAGGAGCUAAAGACACCAGGGAGUCCCCGCCACCUCUCCACCCCUCCCCUAAACCCCCCACACCAUCUUCUUUAUUUUUCUUUUUUCCUCAGUGUCAUUUUUUCAUUCGUUUUUAGAAGGAUGUGUGCAAAAUUCUGAAGACUACUAGUGAUCCUAUUUUGUUUUUGUUUUGUUUAGAUUUUUCUUUUGCCAAGCACUUAAAAUGUACAGGCUUCUUAUGGGAGCCAAAGAGCACUCAUCUAAAAAAAUACAAAAAAGUAUAUAUAUGAAAAAAAAAAUAAUAAAAACAAACAAACAAACUACCAUGGAAACGCCCCUCAGGGGUCACUGAGCUUUAAUUGAAAUAGAAAAAAAAACUCUUAUAAGUUCAUUUUAUUUUGUUCUCUCUCGCUUUCUCUUUCUCUCCGUUGCAUUGUUUUAUUUAUUUCUUGCUUGCUACAUGCUCUUUUGCCAAUAACUGGUCCCGUGCUGUAGGGAAAUGCUCUUCUGAUAAGGUCAACACAGGCCUUUAUAUAACUGUAGGUUUACUAGAUGGUCUGUGAAUUUUAACAAGAUGGCAAAAAAGAAAAAAUAAAUAGAUAAAUAAAUGAAUAAGAAUAAACAAGAUGUUUUUUUUUCAUUUUAAAGACCUUAUAAGGCCUUUACUGAUCUGUCACAGUGUGAUUGUAAAUAUCACUUUUUUGAUCAAAUUGGGGGAUAAAAAAUGAAGUCCAGAAAUUUCUUUAGUAUGACUUAUUACUCAUUGAUUUGUAUUUUAAAUAGUCUUUGUGCGGGGGAGACUGUAUGUAUGUGCGUGCUCGUGUACCUCUGCGUACAUGGCCCCAGACAUAUUCACACAGAACCGAUCGUGUGUAUAUGUGUGUGUAUGUGUGUGUGUGUGUGUGUGUGUGUGUGUGUGUAUGUGUGUGCGAAUGUGGCAGUGUGUAUGUGUGUGUGACUUUUGUGAAUUUAAACAGCCUGUGCAGGUGGAUGUCAGAGGAGUAUUUCACACACUUCAAUCUUGCAUUAAAUAUGUUCACUGGUGUGAUUUUACAAUAAAAACCAACGAUUAAAGAGACCACAGACUAUGUGUCCCUCUGUGCACUGUGGUGCACGGGGAUCCGCAUUGAGUGGUUCCACAUGUCCAAGAUGGAGGCCACCUAAAGCCAAGACCACCUAAACUUGCUCCUGGAGGGUCAACCUUCAUGAAGGUCUCCCACCUCACUCCCCACAAAACGGCACCCCUCAAAGGAGAGACGCACCAUUGGAUGGGUUAGAGUUAUCACUGAAAUGACACGACUCAGGUGGCGAAUCCAAUAGGAGGGUUUACCUGCUUAUACGCUGACCCUUGAAGGACCAGGAUGUGGCGGCAGCCUUGCGGAAAACCCUUGGCAAUGUUUUCUGUGAUUCUGUUUUUUAGACUGGUCUGGUUCGAUCUCCUUUCACACCAAUACAACAUUUAGAGGUGGACUGAAAUGUGCUCAAUGUGAAAUGAUACAGCACACAUUCAAAACCAACAGUGAGUCUAUAGUUUUUUAGUAGCUUCGCUAGGUGUUCUAUUGUGUUGAUCUCAUCCUUCAGUUUUGUGGAAAAAAAGUAUAAUGCAUUUGAUCAUUUAGUCAAACUUUUUUUUAUUUCCAUUGUAGCAUAUUAUUUUUUAGUUUUAAUGAAAGAAUAACUUUUAAAAGACAUUAAUUUGUGUAAAAACCUGCCAACUGUAGUAAUUUUAUUUGUAAAGCCAGUAAUGAUAAUUAUUUUAAAUUUGUUAUCAACUUCUCUUUUUUUGCAAGUUGCCCAUCAGCUAUUUAAUAUGACAGGUUUCCUAUCUAUUUAUGAACAACAUGAGAUCCUCUUUUUUUGCUUAAUACUACAUAAUGGAAUUUUAUCAUUUGUUUGUUUGUUUUUUUUGGGUUUGAUGAUGAUUGCAUUUUUUUGUUUUUAUUUUUUACUUUUUUGAUGCUGGUCCUUUCUUUCCUUGCCAGCAAGGUCAUUUUGUGUCGCUAUGCCUCUUUUGUUUCAUUUGUCCGUAAUAAAAAAAAAUGUUAAAAGUGG